GUCACGGCGUCUCCCGCGCCUCUGAUGACCUUAACGACGCGGUUCUACUGCCGGGCUCAGCGCAGCCCACAAGACCUCAAAGAAGCUCUCGCUCACGCCAUCUCCCGCUGCUGCUCCGUCCACCAUCUCCGGGGCCUCCAUGGCCGAGCCAUCGCCUUCGGACUCCGUCACAACCUGUACGUAGCCAGCCUCCUUAUCGCCCGAUACUUCCAUUUCGGUGACCCCGCAACCGCCCGCUUAGUCUUCGACGAUGGCCGACGAGGGGGACCGUCGAAGACCCUCCUCUGGAAUUCUCUUAUUAGAGGAUACCUUAACAACGGCCGGCCUCGGUCGGCCUUGCACGUCUAUCGUGAAAUGGUGGCGGCGCGGCCUCUGGCGCAGUGCGAGCCGGACAGGGUGACCUUUCACCUCGUCAUCACGGCUUGCACCCAUUUGUCCGAAUUCGAUUUGGGUUCGAGGGUUGGAGGACAUGCUCGGGCCAAAGGGCUCGAUUCCGAUCUCAUGGUGGGGACGGCGCUUCUUGAUAUGCACGGUAAAGCCGGGGAGAUUGGAUCCGCUCGAAAGGUGUUUGAUGGAAUGGCUUCCAGAGAUGUGGUAGCUUGGAACGCCAUGAUCGCGGGGUACUCGAGAGUUGGAUCCUUCUACGAGGCUGUCAGUUUGUUUAAUGUCAUGAGGCUUGGCCAAGGAGUUCUACCCAGCGAGGCUACUCUGGUUAGCUUAAUCUCCGGCUGUGGGCGUUCUGGUUCUCCCAAGGACGGAGAGGCCAUACAUGCUGAUGCAAUCAAGCUUGGUUUUGAGGCCAGUUUGUUUGUCUUGAAUUCUCUAAUUGAAAUGUACACCAACUGCGACUGCUUGGGUGUGGCAUGCAAAUUAUUUGACAGGAUGGUGUUUAAGGAUGCCGUCUCAUGGAGUACCAUGAUUGGUGGAUAUGUCCAACACAAGCGGCCAUAUGAUGCCCUCAAACUGUUCGAAUGGAUGAUCAUGAACACACAAACUCCUCCUACCAGAUCCAUUUUGGUCAACGUAAUUCUUGCUUGCGCAGACUUGGGUGAUUGGGAGGAAGGUAAACUGAUCGACGAAAAGUACUUAACUAGCAAGCAAAGCGAAUCUGCAUCGGACCCAAGUAUGGUUACUACACUCGCCUACAUGUAUGCCAAAUGUGGGAAGUUGGAUGUUUCACUCAACCUUCUGGAUAGAGUUGAAGUGAGAGGAGAUACGAUUGCAUGGAAUGCAGUGAUGAAGGCCUAUGCUGAGCUUGGAAUUGUCGAUAAGGUUUUAUAUCUCACGCUUGUAAUGCAAAGGAGAGGCAUCAAUCCUGACCUGGUUACCAUCGUUACUUUGCUUUCCGCUAUAUCCCAUACCACAUUUUUGAAAAAAGUGAUGGAAGCACAUGCACAGAUUAUUAAAAGAGGCUUUGAAAUGGAAAGACAGAUCGCAAACUGUCUUGUCGAUGCGUAUGCCAAGUCCGGAAGCAUUACAGAUUCGAGCAAGGUAUUUCAUGACAUUGCAGAGAAGGAUGUGGUUUCGUGGAGCACAAUGAUAAAAGCUUUUGCAUGGGAAGGGAAAGUAGCUGAAGUCCUCAAUCAUUUUGAGCUAAUGAGGGAAACAGAUACAAGGCCAAACCAUUUUACGUUUCUUUCACUGCUAUCUGCUUGCAGCCAUGCAGGUCUUGCAGAGAAGGGGUGGAAAAUUUUCAAUUGUAUGAAAGAGGAAUAUGGCUUGGAACCGGGUGUCGAACAUUUAACUUGCCUGGUGGAUAUGUUCUGCCGAGCUGCAAGGUUGUCUGAUGCAUACAGUUUGCUCAAAAAUGUGAUGCAAAGAACCAUCAGUCAUGCUGCUUUGUGGAAUACUUUGCUCAGUGCUUGCAGAUUGCAUGGUGAUGUUGUGAUCGGGGAAGCUGCUGCCAGGCAUCUCUUCCAGUUGGAACCAGAAAAUGCAGCGAAUCACAAGAUGCUCGCAGACAUAUAUAUUUCAGCAGGGAGAAGAGAUGAUGCUAAUGGUGUUCUAAGAUUGCUGAAUGCAAAUGGCUUGGACAGUAUACCUGGAUGUAGUUGGUAUGAGGCAGGUUAAAGAUGUUCCUUGGUAAUGGAAUAUGUAAUGCGACUUGGAGUGAAGGUUUUGCUUUUGUGACAGUCAAACCAUCAAAUGUGCUACAAGAUCAGCCCAUACCUGAUGCAAAUGGAUCUCAUGGUUCCUGUUGAAGCAUUCGAUAGCAUUUUCACAAACAUAGCAAAGAUAUUAAUGGAAGCCAAAUAUGCGGAGGAUCAUCUGAAACAGCAGCUUAUGCUCUCUCUCUCAAUGUUCAUGCUCAAAGGAGAUAUAGGGUACACCGGAGGUUAUACCUUAUCCUUUCACAAUGUCAGUUGACUCAUGAACGUUUAGAACUGCUGUUUUCAAAGAUGCGAGGAAAUUAAGAUCAAAAUUGCUGUUGCUGCUUGUGGGAUUUGGAUGGCCAGGAAUACUAACACAUACGUGGGAAGAUCAUGGAACUCUACAUGGGUGCUGUGGUAUAUUGGUGGCAUGCUUAAAUCUUUGCAGGUAGGACAACAUCAGCAGGAGAUUCAAGACAGCUCGGGAGCAAAUUGAAAGUGGAUACCGCCUCUGCAGGGCGAAUGUAAGCCAAUUGUGGUAGCGCCUGCUGUCAUGAAACGAAAUAUAGUUGACAAGGUGUGAUCAUUGGAGAUGCAUGUGGCCAUGUUAUAGGGUCCAGAUGACCCAUUGCAACGUGCUCAAAAGGUAUUUAUAAUGUCAAGAUCUUGGCAGUUCAUGAAGGAAUGGUUUUUGAGCAAUAUCACCAGCGAACGCAGAGGAUGAGUAGUUGGUGUCAUGUUAGGAUGAGUGUAAUGCCAUCAAGAUUUCCUCAUUGCUGUAGAUUGGAUCCUAAAAGUCAGAAGUUACCUUCCCGCAGGAGAAAAUGAUGGCGAACUCUCAAGAAAUUGCUGCAUGGACUUCUUUUCUUGUAGUUCCAGAAAUUGAGCGUUGGUGGAACCAUACUUUUUGGAUCAAUGUCGAUGAGGCUCAUCAUUGGUCAUUACUGAUGUGAUCACUUUGGCUAGUAAGAGACUUUCCACUCUGAAAUAGAUUUUUCUGUUUCGGGAUGGAAUCAAAAGGUGGCAUUCGGGAGGAGUGGCUUUUUGACUUUUUAAUGAGGCAUUCAUCAACGUUUUAUUUUGCUCUCCAACCAAUAUGAGACCAGACCAAAUGAGGAGGCUUAUACAGACUGCUAAAUUGACUGUGGCAUGGUCCUUCAUUUAAAUCUCUUUAAAUGGGAGCACAGGAUGAACUUUCAUGCUCAGCCUAUACACCGCUGGCGUAAACCUGAACCUGGCUUGGUGCUCUAUUCCUCCUGGCGAUCGAGAACCACUGCCCGCACAGCCUCUGAGGCAAGAUUGGUAGAACAAAAAUUCACUUGAUGAUUAAACCUUACGGGUCCGCUGUCUUGGCCUACCUUCCCCACCUCGAGGUUUGAAUCGAAAUGGUCCAGCUGAUGAAUCUUGAAUUGGCUUGGAAACACUGCACCUUUGCCUGGCUUCCCAAUGACAACAACAAGGACAGCGUGUGGGGGGGCCUUCCCUUGCAGGCUUGCAGUGAUUAGAUUUUUUUUUCCAUGAAGCAGCUUUUGGAACCCAGAACCAGCUGUUGACUCGGAGCUAAAUGACGCAGGGCACUGGGGACCCACCGAAAGAUCAAGAAACACACACACACACACACACACACACACAUGUUAUCUUACAUGGCAUCCAGAGAGACUUUAAAGAACAUGGUUGGAGUGGCAGCAGCUUCAUGGAUAUGUCUGUGUUUCGGAGGAUGUUGUGGAAUUAAAUUAAUCCUUGCCCUUGGUUAUGUUUUUCUGCAUUGUGGCCUUCGUUCGAUAGACCCAGAAUUUAAUGGGGGGAUGCAUCCAUUAAUCCCAUCCAAGAAAUUAUUCAGAUGAACAACAUACUUGUUUAGAUGGACGGUGACUCGUAAGCUUUAUUUAUGUCCUUCCUCCUCUUGAAUCUGACACCAUUAACGUGAGACAUCGACCAAGCUGCUUGUGAAUUUUCCAAGGCCUUCUCGUCUCUCGGCUCCCUCUUCUCAGUUUCAAAACUAAUGAGAAGAAGGGAAGCUUGAUCUGAAAAAUGAAUGAAACGUAACCUAC